AUUUAGUUGUCUCUACAACUCGGUUGAGCUUAGCAGUGAUCGCAUUGUAUUUGAUUUAAUUAAAAUGAAGGAAACAACUGAGUCAAUUUUAACUUGGUUAACAAAGGAAUACUUCGAGACAAUUUUGCGCGAAUACAAAAAAGACAAAGGACUCAUUGUAACAAAUAUUAGUGACUCUAGCGGAACAUCAAAAGGUGAUAGUUUCAUUAGUACUUUAACGCGUUUUAAAGUAGAAUUCCUGGAGUCAAAUUGCAAGGAGACGCGUCAGGGAUUUUACAUCGCAAAAACUAAUUAUGAGGGUGAUCCAGUCAUUGCUAGAUUUAUGAAUGAUUUCGAUGUUUACAACAGAGAAAUGCUUAUGUAUAAACAGAUUCUACCACAAAUGACCGCAUUAUUGGUAGAAAUAGGGGAUGACGACAAGCUCUUUGCUGAUACAAUACAUGUGGAUUUCGAACGAUCAGUUAUAAUUUUUGAAGAUUUGUCGGCGUCAGACUUUAUCGUAGGUGAUCGUAUAGCCGGGCUGGAUGAGUCGCAAGCUCGGCUAACCUUGAGGAAACUGGCUAAAUUUCAUGCUACUUCCGCUGUGCUUAACGAACGCACUCCAAAGAUUUUGACAAAUUUACAAGGUGGGUUUCUCAGACGUACAAACCGCGCCUUUCAACCUUUCCACGAAGGCAUGGUUGAGGUAUGUGCAAAUUUCGCUGACAAUUGUGAGGAAUUGGGGCCUUACUACAAAGAGAAAUUACUCAAACUGAAGCCCUAUAUAUUCGAGUAUUCUGUGCGGAGUUUUGAUCCUAAAGAGGGGCAUUUUCUCACGCUCAUUCAUGGCGACAUUUGGACCACUAAUAUAAUGUUCUCAUUUGAAGAGCAUGGCGACAAUAAUCGCACAAAGCACGUUAAGGAUGCACGCUUAAUUGAUUUUCAAUUUAGUAAUUGGUCAUCGCCAGCCGGAGAUUUACAUUAUCUAAUUAACACUUCCUUUGAAAACCAACUGCGUUUACAUCGUCAGGACGAAUUAAUUCAAUAUUACCAUGAGGUUUUAACUAGCACACUACACAAGCUAACAUAUGGUGGGCAUAUUCCUUCCUUACACGAGCUCUGUGUUCAAUUGGAGGAUCGACGUUUCUACGCAUUAACAUCUACGAUAGUAAACCAACCGCUCCAGAUCUGUGAAAAUAGUGACGAUUCAGACCUUAAUAGCUUAACCGAGGUUAAUGAGCGUUCCAAAAAAUUUUAUAAAGGAUUGUAUACCAAUAAAAAGGUGCAAAAUAUAAUCAAAGCACUACUACCAUAUUUCGAUCGAAAGGGACUUCUAGAUGUAUCUGAUUAGAUUUGACCGUAAGAAUGAUAUAUUGCUCUGUACAAAUAAAAUAAUCUUUAAGUUACA